AUGAUAAAUAUUAGAAAUAAAAGACUUGAUUAAUCCUAACUUACUUGUGGCAGAUAAUCCGUUAAUAGUUCCAUUGCAACUUAAGGAAAAGAUUACCAACAGUUAGAGAAAUCAUUCUACUAAAUAAGUUAGGGAUAGAAAGUUAAAUAACAUACAUUGCCUGCUCUCCAAGAAAAAAAGGGAUUGUUUGAAUAAAUCUUUGUGGCUGUCCAUGAGAAAUUGAAUGAUGAUUUUAAAAACACAAUCUUUAGACAGACUCAAUACAAAACAUUGAUUAAAAAUAGUAAUAAAACACUAAAAUUGAAAACUAAUAAUACUAAAAUCAAAUUCAAGCGACAACAAUCAGUUAUUGAAACCAACAUCAAUUAGAAUUGUUUGAUUAAAGGCAAUUGGAUAGCUUGUGAAUAAAAUUGGUUUCCGCAAUUUAGAGAGUUUGGACAGAUGGUAACUCAUCAAGGUUCCAUAUUUCUAAGUGGAGGCUUUGGUAAUUCAGUAAAUAAUGACUUUUGUUAAUUUGAAACUACAAGCAAUAAAUGGACUUCAUUAUAAAAUGUCACCCCAAGAUAUGGCCACACUAUGACUUCUAUAUCAACCGAUUUAUACGUUAUAGGAGGAGAAUAAAUCAAUAAUUAUGGUCCUCUUAGAUCCAAAUGUUUUGUGAAUGAAAUUCAAAAGUUUGAUGGCGAAAGAUGGCACACCAUCAAAUAUACAGGGAUAUUUCAAAUGAGAAAGUAUCAUGCCGCUACUAAUUACAAAGAUUCCAUCUUCAUAAUUGGUGGAGAAGGCUUUAAGAAUAAGGUUCUUAACGAUACUAUGAUUUUUGAUACUGCUCAUUCUAGAUUUCAUGAAGUUCCUAAUCCCAAAAAUGUAUUUGCCAAAGGAAUUAUGCACACAGCCAUUGUAGAAGUCCAAGAGACAAUCUACUUAUAUGGCGGAGUCAAUUAGAAUGAUGAGGUUUAUGAUCAGCUUUACACGUAUGAUGCAAUUUAAAAUUGGAAACCAAAGGAAACCAUCGGAUCAAAACCUCCAAAAUUAAUGAUGCAUACUAUGGUUUAUUAUGAUCCAUUUAUUUUAUUAUAUGGAGGCAAGAUAGAUGAUAUGCAAUAAACCACAUUCUCCAAUUAAAUCUAUGCGUUAAGAAAUAAUGAAUGGUAUGUAAUCCAAUAGGAAGGAGUGAUUCCUUAGCCUAGAGCUGGCCAUUCCUCUUGCAUUGAUGGUAAUAAGUUACUCAUUUUUGGGGGAUUCAAUUAUGAUGGCUAUCUCAGUUGUUAGAUGUAAAUAAUGGAGUUUAAGAGAGUGUAUCAGAUUAAUAGAAUAGUGUCCUUGCCUGCUUUAAAAUCUGAACCAGCUGAAACUUCUUAAGGCUAGAGGAAGACAUUUCUACUUAAGACCAGAUUUAGUCUACUAAAGUGA